AUGAACCAGGGAGAGUAUCGGCUCGCCUUCCAGGCCCACAAUGUGGUGUCAGGUGAGCUACAAGGAGAGUUACUCCUAUUUUCCAAUUCGGCGAUGUCUGCAAACCCGGUGAGUCGGGCUCCUCGUUCACUUCGUCUACUCUCUGCAGAAGACGAAGAGGACGUGAGAUGGUCGUUGGAAGACUACAUCUACGAUCCAUUUAUGUCUGGCCGGUCCAUAAAUGCUUCGACAAUCUUAAAAUAUCACUAUGAGCAACUCAAGCAGGGCCUGCAGAUUGAGCAGAUUCUCAAGGAAAGCGGAGUUUGCCUGCAAGGAGAACAGUUGCUACCAUUAGAUAUCCAGGACUGCGAUACAAAUAUAGCCCAACAGGAUAAACAUUACGUGUAUCCGCACUGGGAACUAUUGGAGCGAGAACCAGUCUUUGCUAAUGGCCCGUCUCUCGCGGUGCGGCAUGUCUUAUCCCCCGCUUCUGGACAAUCUGCCGUGAGAAUCGAGACGGCCGACCCUUUCGAUAUCUUGCUGGUGACAUCCAGGAAGCAGAAAAAGAGUGUUGACAUCCAGCCGCGGCUGGUAUCGAUGCCCCUCUAUUCCCUUGUCAACGGCAUCCCGGGGUCGCGCGUUAGGAUUGACAUCAUGCGACCGGAUACGUUUGAGUCAUUUAAACAAUAUCUCGCACAAAAGAAGUACAGCCUCGUGCACUUCGAUUUACAUGGCGAUGUCGAUCGCCGAACCGGUGACAGUGUCCUCAUAUUUGACGGUAUUUCCAUCAGCGGAAGCACAGUUGCCGAGGAGCUGAAGCGCGUGGGAAUCAAGUUUGUGGUUCUCAACGCCUGCCGGAGUGCUCACCCGACCCAAGAUCGGCAUACCAACGCUAAUUUGGCCAAGACUUUGGUGCAAAGUGGUGUUGGCACUGUCAUUGGCAUGGUAUACUCCAUUAUGCCAGACGCAGUGACAGAAUUUCUCGGUCACUUCUACAAAAGUCUACUGCUUGAAGGCCGAGAUGUGCUCACCUCCAUCAGAACUGGCCGGACAGCUUUGCGGACCAAGGGGAACAGAAAGGUCAAGUUCGGGUGGAGAGUGCCCAUCGAGGACCACAUACUACCUGUCUUGUAUCAAUCAGAUCCUACAGAUGUCCGACUCAGAUUUGCUGACACUUUAAAACACGUGAAGGCAGACGACACGGCGGCACAGCCACCAGCUCUUGAAUGGAGGGACUAUGACAUCCACGCCAUAGAAAAACUGCUGUUCAAGAACCGCAUAGUCUGUCUUUUUGGUUCCCUUGGCGUGGGAAAAGCGACGCUUCUGAGACACUUGAGGUGGUGGUGGCAAGCGACCAGCUUCAUCUCGAAGUCUAUCGCCUUGGAUUUCUUUGAUUGCAGCCCAUCAGACUUGUCGCAACCUGGGUUCGUGCGAGACAAGCUUUCUUCCCAGCUCUGUGGGCUUAACUCUGCACCUCUUCUCGAGGUUGGUAGAAAUGACACUGCUCUUUGCAGACUUCUAGAAGGUCAAAACUGUCUUGUCUUGCUAGAAAAUAUUGACUGGAUUAGUCGUCAUGAUAUCAGCACGGAAGUAAUCGAACGAGAAAUUAAUACGCUUCUGUCUGCAUUGCAGAACCUCUCAUCCCGUUGCUUCGUGCUGAUCUCGACAUCGUCACACCAACUAAGCUGGCUUGACCACGCCCCAGCUAGCUAUGAUCUCGGGCCCCUUGAUCCGUAUUCCGCAACGCAGUUGGCAGCCAUGAUGAUCGGGUGGGACGACAGCAGCGAUAAUGCUCCAACCGGAGAAUCCAGGUGGCUGGAACGUGUGUUACAGACACUCUCAUUUCAUCCAGCAGCCAUCUGCUCCUUUUUGCCCCCAGCAUAUGAGUCCGCGGGCUCCUGCGCUGAACUCUUUCGCAGGCUGCAUAUUGGAGCUAUGGAGGACGCAUGGGAACUACAGGCUACGCUCCGCGUCCAACGUCAGUUUGAAUAUGCAAGUAAAGCCUUAGGGCCACUAGUUUCAAUAUUUGCGGCGGUUCAACAGAAUUGCUCACAGGGCUAUUUAAAGCAACAACUAGCUGCUAACAUACGCGCUUCUAAAGCAGGGCAGGAGGAAUCCAAGGAAAAGGCCAAAGUAGAUCAACUUGAGCACAUUUUGGGAGUCCUCGGAACAUGUGGAAUCGGUCGUGAAGCACGUCGGCAUCAAGGUGGGACAUUAGAGACUGUGGACAUCCACCCCCUGUUCUGCCAUUACCUUCGUCGUUUUGUAUGUACACCCGCACAACUGACUCUUGCCUUCUCAAACCUCGUCCUUCAUACACACAAUGUUUGUCAAGAGUUCAUGAAUCAACCACUCUUCACGCCGGCGAUGAACGAGACGUUGCGCGUCGAAUGGUUUCCCAUGAUAACCUCACUCUACUACCUGACUCAGAAGUGCGCCAGCAUCGGCACGAUUGACCGCUGUUUCGAUCUCCCCUGGAUAUUUGCCGCCCUCCGAGUCCACCAACGUAGUCUCUGGCAGCUCGCCGACGAAGAGGAGGUCAUCGCCGACAUCACUUUGCGAGGUCUGCGGUGCGUGCUCCCGGAGCUGAAGCUUUCUAGCAAUCACGCUUGGAAAAUCCAGGCGAGGGUAUACCUCACGAAUAGACUACAGAAACUCUCACAGCCAGACAACUGGUUGGUGUUACUGAUGCUGCAGUGGCUCGUGGUGUAUUGGUACGACUUGAGUCGACACGUCGCGAGAACUAUCAACGGCUACAUGAUGCAACUUCUUGACACCGUCAGCGUGGUUAAUAACGGUCAAGAAGAAUCUUUGCAUCACCUUGAGGGCUUUUUGAAAAGCAUUGGGUACUUAUUUGCAACUGAACUAGGCGCCAUGGAUGAUACCUGGCAUCUUGAAGAAUACUUGCCAAUCUGGCAGGCCCUCCAAAUGAGCGACAUGUUUCCUAAUCAUCUGCACCAAAGGUUUCUUCAGACUUGGGAACAGGACCUUCGCUUUCGACUCAACCAUCUUGAGGCCAGUUUAGAGGUCAGAAUCGUCGAGUUACUGCCAGGUAAAAUUGAUCGCCUAGGCGCUGUUGGCCAGAUCAGCAAGGAGAGAGCCCAGGCCCUGGACGACGAUUUCAAUAUGAUUGAAGCAAUGCGAAAACCUGCACAGUUUGAGAACAAAGUCGCACACUUCCGCGCCGCCCUUCAGGAGGCUUCGGCGAGACACGAUUCACGACGGAUUCGGCACCUACUCAAGUGCCUUGUCAGGAUUCUGAAUAACUACGGUGAUCCGGUCGGCACCGUGCAAGUCCUGCAGCGCCUGGCAGCUACACAGGAUGAGCUCGAAAACAUGCCCGGGUACGUUGGAUCUCAGUUUGCCGAAAACGAAUUCGAAAGAUGGAGACUCGAGAUCCAAAUGGACUGCACAGAGAGGCUCGGGUGGAGCGGUGCAGACGAUAUGGGAAGACGGCAACGGGCAGCGAUGGACCGGCUGCUGGAAGUCCGCGAGGCCAACUGGACCCUGGAAGAUAGGCAGGCCGAAGAGCUGCAGCAACAGAGAGCGUUUUUACGGGGACGAUUGGAAAAUUUUCAGGAUGGGAAAGCUCUUCGUGACGCCGGCGGAUUCUAUGGCAUCCGGCCCAUGGCCGAUAUCCCCAUUAGCCCGGAUGAGUUGGCAUCAUGGCCAGAUUAUCAAAAAGUGGCUUUCGAUGGUCUCGAUCCCUCAAGACUCAGGGGUCUCAAGCGGAUACUGCCGUCGAAACCCCAGCCGCCGAGUGACUUGUAUCUCUCAAGGCCCUUUGCGGUAGUCGCUCAAUGGCUGUCAGCUGCUUGGUACCUCGAGAUGGCAGCUGGUAAUGGCGGCAGUGGUGGCGCUGGAGGUGGUGGGAAGCAGCCCCAUACGCCGUCGGUCAAGUUUGAUCGCAGAAGCAAUCCACUUGAUGUCUAUCUCCUGGCGGAGCAUCUGAGAUAUGCCCAACCAGAUGACCUAGCUCGCCCGUCCACAAGCCCAUGGAAGUUCCCCGCCAUCGUGCCUGAUUGGUACAAGUCGAAUCUGAAGCCCGAGACGGAAGUGGCCAGGGCAGUAGAAACCUGGUUUGAAGAAAUUCGCAAGCUUAAUGAGAUGAGGCAGCAGGUCAAUGAUGCUCGGGAGGAAUAUAUUCGCUAUAAAGAGGCAAUUAAAUGA